AUGGCCUCCCUCUUUGUCCUCAUAGCACUGGCGCAGACCGUCCAGGUCGCUACGCAAGGUUCAAAUGCCACAUGCAAACCUGAGUUCCAAUGGAUGGACAACUCGUUGGGCCAGAAUCCAUGUGUACUUUCCUCGUGGCUGCAAGUACCGUGCACGGGUUCGGCAGUGUGCCAGGGUUUAUCGGCUGCGACCUACCCCUUCGAUAUCCCAAUUGGGACCGCUUUGCCCGCAUGGGCAUAUUUACCUGUCGCCUCUAGUAAAGAAUGGGAUGUUGCCGCUGGUGAAGCUCUUACUGCUGACGAAUAUUACCACCUCCGGCGCCACACCUUCCACCCUAUCUGGUACUUCUACAAGCACGACUUCAACCACGUCUCACACCCCUACACCCUCUGGCGGAGCGUUGUCGUCGACCACUACAAGCACAAAAAGGAGCGCCGCGAACAACUCCCGACCGCUUACACUCACACCCCCACCUCGAAGUACGAACAGGACCCCAAAGGGGCUGAUCCAGCAUUUGAUCGGUCCCUCAGUGAAAAUGUGCAUGGCGGGGUGGACGAAUACUCCGACGAGGUGGUGCACUCGCUAUCGUUCUCCUCGCCUAGUGAUGUGCCGUUUUCCCCGAGUAGUUCUCUUAAACCUCUACGGGCACAGCAUGGAUAUAGUCAUAAGCCGGAGAUUCAAUAG